AUGAGUCCCACCGCGAUCACAAUCGCGGACGAGCCGCACCCGAAUGCUGAAAUGACCAGAUCGCAGACGGCCGUUACCACAGCAACUGGCAUCUAUAGAAGGGCAUCAGCGGCAGGGUCAGAGGACGGUGAAAUAUGUGAUGCUAUCAGUAACAUUCGCUCACGGACAAGCCGGCUCGAGAGAUCGAUCAGCAAGGCGACCUCCAUAGGCGAAUCUGAUGAGGAUCCUGGGUUGCGAAAACCGGGGGAUUUCAAGCAAAAGCAGGUGUUUAAGGGUCGGAUGCUCUUCUGGCUCGCCUAUCAGUCAAUCGGCGUGAUCUACGGUGAUAUCGGUACCAGUCCUCUCUACGUCUACUCGUCGACCUUUACCGAGCCACCGUCACGGCGAGAUCUUAUCGGAGUGCUUUCGAUCAUCAUUUGGACUCUGUUUUUGAUGGUGACGGUCAAAUACGUACUGGUUAUUCUUCACGCAGACAACGAUGGUGAAGGAGGUACUUUCAGUACCUAUUCAUUACUCAGUCGCUAUAUGAACAUCACCAACCGUGAUCCGAGAGAGACCUCCUUGGUGGAGAUGAAACGGUAUCGAACUGGCGAUCUUGAGGGCGCGGGUCAGCAUGUUCGCCACACGCUAGAGUCGAGUCGCGUCGCGAAGACACUUCUCAAGGUAAUGGGGCUUCUUGCGGUAACAAUGGUGAUAUCGGACGGUCUUCUUACCCCUGCACAAUCGGUACUCGGGGCCGUACAGGGGAUCGAAGUAGUGCAGCCCAAUAUCUCAAAAGGCACGAUCGUCGGGGUAACGGACGCGAUUCUAGUAAUCCUCUUCUGCAUCCAACCCCUGGGUAUAACGAAGAUCACCUACGCCUUCGCACCCAUCAUCAUUAUUUGGCUUGCGUUCAAUGCAGCGUUCGGGAUUUAUAACCUCGUGAAAUACGACGCGGGUGUCUUCACAGCUUUCAAUCCAGGAAACGGUUUCGAGUUUCUCAUCCGUCAUAAAGAGGAAGGCUGGAAAAUGCUGGGAGGAGUGUUGCUCUGCUUCACUGGGGUAGAGGCCCUGUUUGCCGAUCUGGGGGCCUUUAGUCGCAGAGCAAUCCAACUAAGCUGGCUGGGUUAUACCUUUCCGUGUCUGCUUCUGGCAUACAUUGGACAGGCAGCGUACAUCAGUGUUCACCCAGACGCAUACACAAACCCAUUCUUUAAUGCAGCGCCUCCAGGAACCUUAUAUCCAGCUUUGGUAAUUGCAAUUCUGGCGGCGAUUGGCGCGUCACAAGCUAUCAUCACCGCCACCUUCCAGCUUCUCGCUCAAGUGAUGAAACUCUCUUACUUUCCGCAAAUCAAGCUGGUCCAUACCUCCAAGAUCUUCCAUGGUCAACUCUAUGUGCCCGUCGCAAACUGGCUGCUGAUGGUGGGAACGAUCCUCAUUGCCUCCAUUUAUAACAACACGACAUCGCUUGGAAAUGCGUACGGAGUGUGUGUCAUGUUCGUGACCUUUUUCGACACUUGCAUGGUCUCUCUGGCCGCCAUGUUUGUAUGGCGCAUUAGCCCGUUCAUCGUCUUUGUACCCUGGCUUAUAAUCGCGUGUCUCGACGGUACCUAUCUAUCUUCUGUUCUCACCAAGGUCCCCGUUGGUGCGUGGUUUACCCUUACUCUCGCGGUCGUUUUGGCCUCCCUUCUUCUCCUUUGGCGAUUCGGAAAGGAACGACAGUGGACGGCAGAGGCAGAAGACCGUUUUCCCACCUCGCACUUCGUCAAGCACAAAGACGGUCAAUUACGCCUGACGGACCGGUACGAGGGGAUCUCGGUCAGUACGACCAGGGGAUUGGGAAUUUUCUUCGACAAAGCCGGCGAAACAACACCCAUUGUCUUUAGUCAGUUUCUCCUCAAACUUACCGCCAUCCCGGAGGUGUCCAUAUUCUUCCACUUGCGCCCACUGGAAAUACCAUCUGUGACAUACAAGGAAAGAUACAGUGUAUCACGUCUAGCGAUUCCAAAUUGCUAUCGCCUUGUUGUUCGCUACGGAUACAAUGAUGUGAUCAUCACCCCUGAUCUUGCAUCUGUGAUUGUGGAGCAGGUGCGUCGUUACCUGGUAGACGAAUCGGAGCAUCUUCAGGUAAAUGAGCUUUCAGUUAGCGCCCCUGAUGAUGGAAAGGAAAAUAUUCAAAUGAAACCAGAGACGCCUGCAACAAGGUGCGAAGACCAUGUUGUACCGCUCCAAAGUAUCGCUCUGGAAAGGCUACAAGCCGCAUUUGAGCAUAAGGUGCUGUACAUCAUCGGGAAGGAACAGAUGACGAUCAAGAGUGGUACCAAUAUUUUUAGGAGGGUGCUGCUGCAUGCCUUUUUGUGGAUCAGGGACAAUACCCGGAAUAGGAUGGCGAAUUUGCGGGUGCCACCGGCUAAGGUUAUCGAAGUUGGUUUCUUGAAGGAAAUCUGA